CUGCAGUAAGAAACGAGAUCCCUCCAUACCACAGUAUAGCAGCCCAUGUAGCCAUUGACAGUCUGGACAGUAUUUCCAGAAGGGUACCUUGUGUGCCACACACCCCAACAUUUAAUGCUGCCAGGACUCGUCCAGCGGCUACAAUCCAAAGAACCGGUUCAGGCACUGAGAGAACGACUGGCAAGAGGUGCGGGGCGGGCCAGCAGACCAGACCUCGAGCCUGUCCAGUCUGCACAGAGACUGCCCUGCACGGCCACGCGCGCCACCGGCCACGCGCGCUACAGGCCCCGCCCCUUCCGCAGAGUCCACCAACCGCCGCCAUCUGGCCAAGCCACUGCUGCCGCAAACGAGGAAAGCAGGAAGCGCGUGACAGCGCUCCUCUCCGUCGCCGUCCCGUCGGAGAUGGCAGACCUCCACCGCCAGCUGCAGGACUACCUGUCGCAGAGCAAAGCGGGCAGGCCGGCGGAAGCGGAGCAGCUACUCGCUUCGGAGACUGCUGAAGAGCCUGCGGCAGGGGUCGGACCGACGGGAGCGUGGCUUGGCCGCGCUGGCCUGCGGUGGACGUGGCCGCGAAGUCACACGGAGCCGGCGGCGGCGAGCCAGGCGUGCCUGCCGAGCGUGACGCGCGGGCAGCAGCUGGCUGCGGGUGGAGCCUGUCUGCUACUGGCCGCGCUCUGCUUCUGUCUGGCGGCACUCUACGCGCCAGUGCUGCUGCUGCGCGCGCGCAAAUUCGCGCUGCUCUGGUCGUUGGGCUCGGUGCUGGCUCUCGCMGGCGGCGCGAUACUGCGAGGCGGGGCGGCGUGCGGACGUCUGCUACGCUGCGAGGAGACGCCGUCGAGGCCCGCGCUGGUCUACGCGGCCGCGCUGGGAGCCACUCUGUACGCGGCAAUGGGUCUGCGCAGUACGCCGCUCACUGCGCUGGGCGCCUGCGCGCAGGUGGCCGCCCUACUGGCCUGGUUGGCUAGCCUGCUGCCGUGGGGCGGUGGCACCGCGCUGCGCCUGGCGCUCGGUCGCUUGGGCCGCCGCGCAGGCCUAGCUAAUGCGCUGCCGGUGUGAGUCCUGGACCUGCGCCGUCAGGGAACGACGCAGAACCUUCCCAGAACCCGGCGCCUGCCGAGCCAAAGACUGCACCCGUCCACUCCCGGACUCUACCACCGCAGAACGUCCUAAUGACACCUGCCGCUUAGGGCGAAGGCGUCGUCCAGACGGUGCUGGCGAGUGUAAACCUUUAGCAGCUGUUUCAAGCUGCGACACCAGCGGUUUCCGGUGGUCCUGAUCUCACCGUUUCGUGCUAUCCUGAGUAGCAUGUGCUCUGAAAAGGAAGUUUUGUCGUGGAAUUGGUGCUGUGAAGCUGCUCUUAGAAGUUCUUUUUGCACUGUGAUUUUAGA